AUGAACGCAGAGAUGCAGGAGCGUUUAGUGAACUCCACCAUACAUUUGGUCAAUGACAUGAACCUGAUGGAACUGCCUCAGAAGUACGCCUUAGUACCCAAACAACAGGUGGAUUCCCCGUUCGGAUUGAACAACCAGACACGUCGGAGCGACUCGCCCUGGGGUGGAGACCUGGAGAACGGAGUGCGCACUGCGGAGGUGAGCACCGAGCACCUGGUGAUGGGCGCACCGAGGUACUGCAGCCGCGGGACGCACGGGCCCAGCAACAAGUCCAAACGGAGGAGGAUCAUCACUGUGGUCCAACGACAGGCGGCCAAUGUCCGGGAGAGGAAGAGGAUGUUCAGCCUGAAUGAGGCGUUUGAUGAACUGAGGAGGAAAGUUCCCACAUUCGCCUACGAGAAAAGACUGUCCCGUAUUGAGACCCUCCGUUUGGCCAUCAUCUACAUCUCCUUCAUGACGGACCUGCUGGAGAAUACCUGA